UAAGAAACUAAGAUGUCAUUGGCUAAAAAUAUUGCUAUUCUUUCCCUCCCCCCCACAUUUUCAUGUGAAAUUUAUAUCACAUUAAUUAUUUAAUUCUGCUUAUCAAAUUCUCACUCACUCACUCUCUCUUCUUCUUCUUUUCUUUUUUCUUUUUCUCUCUUUUCAUCAUAAGUAAAAAAACUAACAAUGACAAAUAAUAUUCGUUAUGAUGGAAGAGUUGCUAUUAUUACUGGUGCUGGUGGAGGCAUUGGUAAAGCUUAUGCUCUUUAUUUCGCUGAACGAGGUGCAAGUGUCGUUGUGAAUGAUUUAGGUGUUUCACAUACAGGUGAUGGAUCCAGUACAAAAGCUGCUGAUGUUGUUGUGGAAGAAAUUCAAAAGGCAGGUGGUAAAGCAGUUGCAAAUUAUAAUUCAGUAGAAGAAGGACAAAAGAUUGUUGAUACUGCCAUGAAGGCAUUUGGUCGUGUGGAUAUUAUCAUUAAUAAUGCUGGUAUUCUUCGUGAUAAAUCAUUUGCUAGAAUUACAGAUGCUGAUUGGGAUAUUAUUCAAGCCGUCCAUGUUAAAGGUUCUUAUGCUGUUACAAAGGCAGCUUGGCCAAUUAUGAAGAAGCAAAAAUAUGGUCGUAUCGUGAUGACAGCUUCUGCCGCUGGUUUAUAUGGUAACUUUGGUCAAGCAAAUUACAGUGCAGCUAAACUUGCUCUUGCCAGUUUUAGUAACUCUUUGGCUAAAGAAGGUGCAAAGGAUAACAUUCAUUGCAAUACAAUCGCUCCUAUGGCUGCUUCUAGAAUGACGGAAACUGUUAUGCCUCCUGAAAUCCUUGCAUCUCUUAAACCUGAAUUUGUUACCCCUGUAGUCGGAUAUCUCUGCCAUGAAAACACAGAAGAUAACGGUGGUAUCUUUGAAGUGGGUGGUGGCUUUGUUUCUAAAUUAAGAUGGGAACGUUCUCAAGGUGCAGUCUUCAAAGCGGAUGAGAGCUUUACACCCACUGCUAUUCGUGCUAAAUGGGCAGAGAUUACAGAUUUUACCAAGACCAAUGAAUACCCUACUUCAAUUACAGAUACCGACUUUUUAGCUCUUUUAGAGCGUGCAAAGAACUCAGGUCCUAAUCCUACAGGUGAACCUCUUCGAUUUGAUGGUCAAGUGGUCAUUGUUACAGGCGCAGGUGGUGGGCUUGGUAAAGCAUAUGCGUUGUUAUUUGCCAAAUUAGGUGCUUCCGUAGUAGUGAAUGAUUUGGGUGGUUCGCAUACAGGUCAAGGCUCUGAUAGUCGCGCUGCUGAUGUUGUCGUCGAGGAGAUUCGCAAAACAGGUGGUAAGGCAGUAGCCAAUUAUGAUUCAGUCGAAAAUGGUGAUAAAGUAGUUGAGACAGCCCUUAAGGCCUUUGGUCGUAUUGAUAUCUUGGUCAAUAAUGCUGGUAUCCUUCGUGAUAAGUCCUUUGCUCGUAUGUCCGAUGAAGACUGGGAUCUCGUUCAUCGUGUUCAUCUUCGAGGUACCUAUAAGGUCAUCAAGGCUGCUUGGCCACAUUUUGUUAAACAAAAAUAUGGUCGUAUUAUUAAUACAGCUUCAGCAGUUGGUUUGUACGGUAACUUUGGGCAAACUAACUACAGUGCAGCUAAACUUGGUAUUGUGGGUCUUACACGUACAUUAGCACUUGAGGGACAACGUAAAAAUAUCAUGUGUAAUGUGAUUGCACCUAAUGCUGGCACACGUAUGAUCGCUACCAUUAUGCCUCCAGAGAUGGUAGAAGCAUUUAAACCUGAAUAUGUUGCACCUCUUGUUGCCUAUUUGGGGCAUAGUUGUGUUGAAGAGACAGGUGGUAUCUUUGAAGUUGGAAGUGGUUGGGUUGCUCAAGUUCGUUGGCAGCGUACAGGUGGUAUUGGAUUUCCUGCUAAUCGUGAAUUAACACCUGAACAAGUUGCUGCUCAAUGGUCCAAGAUCAUUGAUUUUGAUGAUGGUCGUGCUACAAAUCCCAACAGUACACAAGAUUCAUUCCAGGGCUUUAUGGAAAACUUUAGUAAUGUAGUUGAAGAAGCACCUAAAUCUGGUCUUGAUGUAGAGGCAGCUAAGAAAUUAGAAUUCGAGACACUUGAAUUCACUUAUACAGAACGGGAAGUCAUUUUGUAUGCCUUAGGGGUAGGAUGUAAACGUACAGAUACUAGUUUUGUUUAUGAAAACGAUGUUAAUUUUCAUGUUCUGCCUACCUUUGGUGUCAUCCCUUCCUUUACGACUAUGAAUACAGUUCCUAUUGGUGAUUUCUUACCUAAUUAUAACCCUAUGAUGUUGUUACAUGGUGAACAAUUCUUAUCUCUUAAGAAACCUAUUCCUACUAGUGGUACGCUCAAAUCCAAGGCACAUCUUGUCGAUAUUCUUGAUAAGGGUAAAGGUGCUUCCGUUAUCAUUAAUGUCACAACAACGGAUGAAUCAGAUGAAGUGGUAUUUGAAAACGAAUUUACAUUGUUUAUUCGAGGCAGUGGUGGAUUUGGUGGACGUUCAAGAGGAGAAGAUCGUGGACCUGCUACAGCAACCAAUACUAUUCCUAAUCGAAAACCAGAUGCUAUUUGUACAGAAAAGACAAGCGAAGAUCAAGCCGCGCUUUAUCGAUUAAGUGGUGAUUAUAAUCCAUUACAUAUUGACCCUGAAAUGUCUGCCAUCGGUGGUUUUGAUAUCCCUAUCCUUCAUGGUCUUUGUUCAUUUGGUAUCUCUGGAAAACAUGUAUUAAAGACAUUUGGUAAUAAUGAUCCAGCAUCAUUUGCAAAUAUCAAAGCACGUUUUGCUAAACAUGUUUUCCCUGGAGAAACAUUGGAAACAUCAAUGUGGAAAGAAGGUAAUAAGAUUAUUUUUCAAACUCGCGUUGUUGAACGUGAUGUAAUUGCUAUUUCAAAUGCUGCUGUUGAAUUAAACACAAUUACCCGUGAAAGCAAAUUGUAAUAUAGUAACAAUCAUUUUUAUUAUUAUUGCAAAAUAAACAAAGAUUUGCCGCAUUUAUUGCGGAAAAUUAUUUUAGUAACUUGAAAA